CUCAAAGAAAGGCGUGAAGAAGAGGAAGUCCAUCUCCAUCUCCAUCUCCAUCUCCAUCUCCAUCUCCAUCUCUAUCGUGAGUUUGUCUUUUCGUUUGUUGUCUGCCCCUCUCUCAUCUCUCUCUCUCUCUCUCUCUCUCUCUCUCUCUCUCCCUGCCUGUCUCUGGGGACUCUCAAUGGCUUUGGUUGGGGCGGCACUGAAGCUUUUACUCCUCCUAUGGCUAAAACUCAACGCUCUAACUUUCUGUCAAGGUAAAAGCAGCCAUAACAGGUGGGAAAACGAUUACCCAUUCAUCAAGGCAGCAAGUUCUUUCUCAUCAUCAUCAUCAUCAAGUUCAUCGUCGAGUGGUAGAGAAAAGACAUAUGAUUACAUAAUAGUAGGGGGUGGCACAGCUGGUUGCCCAUUGGCUACCACUCUCUCUCAGAAUUACAGUGUGUUGUUAGUGGAAAGGGGAGAUGUACCCUUUGGCAACCUAAAUGUGUCACACCUGAACAACUUCCAUAUCUCUUUGGUGGACACUUCACGGACCUCAGCAGCACAAACCUUCAUAUCCACCGAUGGGGUCUUUAAUUCCAGAGGCAGGGUGUUGGGUGGUGGCACUGCCAUCAAUGCUGGCUUCUACACUAGAGCCAGCACAAGGUAUGUUAGGAAUGUAGGUUGGGAUGCUAAAUUGGUGAAUGAGUCAUAUCGAUGGAUUGAGAAGCAAAUUGUUCAUAGGCCAAACCUGGCGCCAUGGCAGAUGGCCGUAAGAGACAGUCUUUUGGAAGUUGGGGUAUCGCCUUUUAAUGGAUUCACUUAUGAUCACUUGUAUGGAACCAAGGUUGGUGGAACCAUUUUUGACAAGUUUGGCCACCGCCACACUGCUGCUGAGUUGCUUGCUUCCGCGAACCCUGAAAAACUCAAUGUUUUGAUUCAUGCCACAGUUCAAAAGAUUGUUUUUGACACGAUAGGGAAGAAACCAAAGGCACUGGGAGUCAUUUUCAAAGAUGAACAUGGGAACAAACACACAGCAUUUCUGUCGAAGAGGCGAGGGAGUGAAAUAAUAGUGUCGUGUGGAGCAAUUGGCAGCCCCCAAAUGCUACUACUGAGUGGCAUUGGACCCAAAGCUGAACUUAGAAAGUUGAACAUAUCGGUUGUGCUUGACAAUGUGUUUGUUGGGAAAGGCAUGGCUGACAACCCCUUGAACUCGGUUUUCAUUCCAACUGAUGGACCUGUGGAACAGUCCUUGAUACAAAUUGUAGGAGUUACCAAGAUGGGUGUGUACAUUGAGGCUAGUAGUGGAUUUGGGCAGUCGAAGGAUAGCAUUCGGUGCAAUCAUGGAAUUGUAUCAGCUGAGAUUGGCCAGCUCUCCACCAUUCCCCCAAAGCAAAGAACCCAAGAAGCUAUACAGGCCUACAUCAAACGCAAGCGACAGCUACCACACGAAGCAUUCAAGGGAGGUUUUAUUCUAGAGAAGAUUGCCAGACCCAUUUCAACAGGCCAGCUCAGUCUCAUCAAUACCAAUGUCAACGAUAACCCAUCUGUCACCUUCAACUACUUCAGCCAUCCCUAUGAUCUACAACGAUGCGUUGGUGGCAUUCGUAUAGUUGAGAAGCUUGUGAGAGCCAAACACUUCACAAACUUCACUCAGUGCAACAAACAAACUUUAGAGAAGCUGCUUAAUAUGAGUGUUGAGGCUAAUGUCAACCUCAUACCCAAACAUACUAAUGACACAGAGUCCUUGCAACAGUUUUGCAAAGACACUGUAACUACAAUUUGGCACUACCAUGGUGGGUGCCACAUAGGCAAGGUUGUGAGCGCUAACUACAAGGUUCUUGGUGUCCACAGGCUCCGUGUCAUCGAUGGCUCAACAUUUAGUAAGUCACCCGGUACUAAUCCUCAAGCUACUGUAAUGAUGUUGGGCAGGUACAUGGGAGUGAAGAUUUUGAGAGAGCGACUAGGAAGAUCAGCUGGUAUAUAGAAACCAUAGGGCCAAGUAGGAGCACAAAGUGGGGCAAUGUGUGUUGUGAUAGUGGAAAUGUAAUUUUCUUCUUUUAAUUCCUAGCAAGCCCCAAUUAAGCUGUUUAAUCCACAAUAUGAAUUCUAGCUUGUAGUGUCUUGGUUCUAAAACCCGAUUUGAAUCCACUUGUACGGAUGCCCCAUCACACUUUCGGGUUUAUGAAUGGAUGGAUCACAUUGUUGUUAUUAUUAUUUAUUUUACUUUCAUUUCUGCUGUUUGCAGUUGCUA